GGAAGCGUUGGGUUGCCAACCGAGCGGGCACAGGUGGCUUGCGCGGAAGAAAAGCGGGCGCUCCCUCGUCCGGCUGUGGGCCGCAGCGAUCGCCCAGGACCGGGCUUCCCCACUGCUACUCGGUGUUUCGUGUUUCUGGAAUAAGCAUGCACCCCGAGGCCUCGGAGCCCGUGGCGGACCGGGCGGCGGAGCAGGACGGCGCGCAGGAGCAGGGCGUGGAGGAGUCGGCUGGCGAUCACCAGGACGCAGGCCUGGGAGCCUGCAAGGAAGAAAUUAAUGACCGUAAAGAAACGUGUAUAGGUCCUCCUGAUACAUCCUCCCAAAGCAAGCAGAAACAGAGCGGUGAUGGCAGGCCGCAUGGUCAGUUAGCACACCAAAGAGAUGACAAGGAGGAUCACAGCCCCAGAAUGACUAAAAGUUUCCUACAAAAACUCUGCCAGCAACACAAGCUUUAUAUUACCCCGGCAUUGAACGAUACACUGUAUUUACACUUCAAAGGUUUCGAUCGCAUCGAGAACUUGGAAGAGUACACGGGGUUGCGCUGUCUCUGGCUAGAGUGCAACGGCAUACAGAAAAUCGAGAACCUGGAGGCCCAGACGGAGCUGCGCUGCCUCUUCCUGCAAGUGAACCUGCUUCAUAAAAUUGAGAACCUAGAACCUCUGCAGAAACUGGAUGCUCUUAACCUCAGCAACAAUUACAUCAAGACCAUCGAAAACCUCUCCUGCCUGCCCGUCCUGAACACACUCCAGAUGGCCCACAAUCAUUUGGAGACUGUGGGGGACAUCCAGCAUCUAAAGGAGUGUCCAAAGCUUUGCGUGGUUGACCUUUCCCACAAUAAGCUGAGUGAUCCCGAAAUCCUGAGCAUUCUGGAGAGCAUGCCUGACUUGCGUGUGCUGAAUUUGAUGGGAAACCCAGUCAUUAGAAAUAUCCCUAAUUACCGAAGGACAGUCACCGUUCGGCUAAAACAUUUAACAUACCUGGAUGACAGACCAGUUUUUCCAAAGGACAGAGCUUGUGCAGAGGCCUGGGCUCGGGGAGGGCUCACGGCUGAGAAGGAGGAGAGGCAGCUAUGGGAAAGCCGAGAGCAGAAGAAGAUCAGAGACAGCAUCGAGGCCUUGGCGAUGGUCAAGCAGCAGAAAGAAAGGCAGGAGAGAGGGGAGGGGCCCGCGCCAGACGGGAAGGAGGACCGGGACUCCAGAGCGGCGGGGAAGGCAGGGCCUCGAGAGGACCCAGGAAGGCGGCAGAAAAUGCAGCUGUUCGUGGAGGAAGGCCUCAAGGCCAGGGAGGAGCUGCUCCCGGAAAAGCCGAGUCCGGCGGAGGAGCGGCCGGCGGAUGCGCACGGAGGGGCCGAGGGGCCGGAGCCAGCGGGCGCCGCGCAGCCGGCAGCCGCCCGGGAAGAAUCUACCCCCCCGAGUGUGGCCAUUGAGCAUCCAUUCGGUGCAGAACUUGAUGGAGAUGAAGAUUUGGAAACCACUAAACUGGAGAUGAAGGAGAAGCUCUUCAUCGAUGACCUACCUGACUUGGAGGAUAUUGACACAGGCGAAUCCUUGGAGGGCCAGGACAAGAUGUGUUUUCCCAAGAUUACAGCCAUCUCAAGCCUGAGUGAUGACAGUGACCCUGAGCUGGACUACCCCUCGCUCCAGGGGCAGGAAAACACGUGCACAGACACCCUUUCAAACAUAUUCGCCAUCUCCAAGGACACCUCACAGAAGACUGAGAUGGCCUUUGCAGACAUAUUUAAAGCAGCAGCAAAGGAUUUGGAAACUCAAGGUAGAGACACCAAGUCCCCGCGCCUGCUGAUCCAGGAGCUCAACGAGGACCUCUCAGGCGAGCCCCCCACCCGCCAAAGGGAUGCCACCCCAGCCCCUUCCAGCGAGGACAGGGAUAGUGUCGGACUCCCAUUCUCCCCUCCAGGAAACAGCACUGAAAAGAUGGGGGUGCAGUCUGAGAUGGAGCCCGAGGUGGGAGAAGACCGAGAGGACAUUGCACUUGGCUUGGACUGAAGCCCAAGGUGGUACAGGGAGCCGGCAGCCGAGCCAGGCCUGAUCCCAGUGGGUGUGGGUCCACCCUUUAGCUGGGCUCCCUUUCCUUCCGAAGACCUGGGGUUACUUGGUUGUCACGGGCCGGCAGGUGGCUCACCUCCCCCACCCACAGCCCCUGCAGGGGCACAGCUGGUCCCCAGGUAUUGGCAGUCUGCCGCCUGUAACUGCAAAUAUCCCUGAGCAUGAUAAACACUUCAGUAUCGAUGA